CAGACGCUGCCGCUCUAAAAGGUCGCCCUCCCCACCUCUCCCACCCUCCCGCUCUUGUUUUCCCGCUCCCUCUUCCUUAUCACAACCAACCCACCUGUCCCGCACUCUUCCUCUGUUACAUUCACCUUCCGGCGCUCGUUCUCCCUCGAACCAACAACUUCUCCCCACACGAAACCUUAUCACCACCCAAAAAACAAAACAGCAGAAAUGGCCCCCAAAGCUUUCACCUCCACCCCCGUCGCCAGCAAGCCUGCUGCUGCGAAGAAGUCUUCUCCCCCGGAGCACCCUCCCUACAAGGAGAUGGUCAAGGAGGCUAUUCUUUCUUUGAAGGAUCGCAAUGGUUCCAGCCGUCCCGCUUUGAAGAAAUACAUCAAGGCCAACUACAAGGGUGUCGAUGGCGCUCAGUUCGACCGUCUUUUCAACGCUGCGAUCAAGAAGGGUGGAGAGCUUAAGGAGUUCUCUUUCCCUAAGGGACCUUCGGGAACCGUCAAGCUCGUCAAGAAGGAGCCUGCGCCCAAGCCGGCUACCGCUAAGAAGCCUGUCGCCAAGAAGGAGACCGCUGCUAAGAAGGAGACCACCACCAAGAAGGCCGCUCCCAAGAAGGCCGCAGCUAAGCCCAAGGCUGCUGCAGCUGCCGAGAAAGCCGAGAAGCCCGUGCCCAAGAAGGCCGCCGCCGCGAAGCCAAAGGCCAACGCCAAGAAGCCCCGCAAGGAGCCCGCUGCCGCUCCUGCUGUCGUCGAGAAGGCUACUGUCCUCACCAAGACCAAGUCCGGACGUGUGACCAAGGCGCCGGCCCCCAAGCCCGCUAAGGCCGCUGCCCCCAAGAAGGCGAAGGCUGCUGCCGCUCCUAAGAAGAAGGCCACCCCCAAGAAGGCGAAGAAGGAGGAGGCUGCAGCUACCUCUGCUUAAGCUCAUCGUUAAUCACCUCCUCGCUGGUUCUUCUGUACAGCGCGGCGAUUUGGAGCUCUUGUUUUCUACGAGGUUUACGUACUGGGUUGCAUUUCUUUAAACGGGUUGGUUCUAAGUUCACAUUUUUUCCUCCUCUUUCUCUUGGUUAAUUGGAAGUUUGGUUCACUCUGUCCUGAAUUACCUGUCUCACCAUCUUCCAUGCCACCCAGACACACGCGCGCGAGAGAGGCACAAUAUCUUUUUCUAUUGUUUGGGAGUUUUUCUUCGGGUCUAUGGGGUUUCAUUUUUUCUUCUUUUCAAUGUUUUGCUGGGUGUUUUGUUUUCCUCUUUAAGUGGGUGUUAUUUUUUCAUCAACGCGUAGGGUCUACUGUCUUUUUUUCUUCGUUGUAUUGUUUCUUUGCUACAGGUCGGCGGUUCAAUUGUAGGUUUUUUUCACUAUUGCGAAAAGUUGACUCGAUAUUCGCG